AUGAAACUUCCUGCCUCCGGCAACACUGCUUACGGAUACGCACCUAGCUACGGCAGCACGUUGAAACUACCGGCUUCAGGAAGCGGUCCAUAUGGAGCUGGAUACGAACCAACGGUGAAACUUCCGGCCUCCGGGAACACUGGUUACGGAUACGGACCUAGCUACCACAGCACAUUGAAACUACCUGCUUCAGGAAGCGGGCAAUAUGGAUUUGGAUACGGACCGACAAUGAAACUUCCAGCAUCGGGGAAUCAUGGUUACGGAUACGGACCUAACUACGAUAACACGCUGAAGCUACCGGCUUCAGGAAAUGGACCAUAUGAAACUGGAUACGGACCAACGAUGAAACUUCCGGCAUCUGUUAACACUGGUUACGCAUACGGACCUAACUACGGUAGCACGUUGAAGCUACCGGCUUCGGGAAGCGGGCCAUAUGGACCUGGAUACGGACAAACGAUGAAACUUCCGGCAUCAGGAAACAUUGGUUACGGAUAUAGGCCUAGCUACGGUAGCACGUUGAAGCUACCGGCUUCGGGAAGCGGGCCAUAUGGACCUGGAUACGGACAAACGAUGAAACUUCCGGCGUCAGGGAACAUUGGUUACGGAUAUAGGCCUAGCUACGGGAGCAAGUUGAAGCUACCGGCUUCGGGAAGCGGGCCAUAUGGACCUGGAUACGGACAAACGAUGAAACUUCCGGCAUCUGUUAACACUGGUUACGCAUACGGACCUAACUACGGUAGCACGUUGAAGCUACCGGCUUCGGGAAGCGGGCCGUAUGGACCUGGAUACGGACAAACGAUGAAACUUCCGGCAUCAGGAAACAUUGGUUACGGAUAUAGGCCUAGCUACGGUAGCACGUUGAAGCUACCGGCUUCGGGAAGCGGGCCAUAUGGACCUGGAUACGGACAAACGAUGAAACUUCCGGCGUCAGGGAACAUUGGUUACGGAUAUAGGCCUAGCUACGGCGGCACUUUGAAGCUACCGGCUUCGGGAAGUGGGCCAUACGGACCUGGAUACGGACAAACGAUGAAACUUCCGGCAUCAGGGGACACUGGUUACGGAUAUAGACCUAGCUACGGGAGCACGUUGAAACUACCGGCUUCAGGAAGCGGGCCACAUGGUGAUGUAUACGGACCAACGGCAAAAUAUCCGGCAUCCGGGAACACUGGCUACGGAUACGGACCUAGCUACGGCAGCACGUUGAAGCUACCGGCUUCGGGAAGCGGGCCAUAUGGACCUGGAUACGGACAAACGAUGAAACUUCCGGUAUCAGGGAACAUUGGUUACGGAUAUAGGCCUAGCUACGGUAGCACGUUGAAGCUACCGGCUUCGGGAAGCGGGCCACAUGGACCUGCAUACGGACAAACGAUGAAACUUCCGGCAUCAGGGAACAUUGGUUACGGAUAUAGGCCUAGCUACGGGAGCACGUUGAAGCUACCUGCCUCAGGAAGCGGGCCAUAUGGUGUUGCAUACGGACCAACGGCAAAAUAUCCGGCAUCCGGGAACACUGGCUACGGAUACGGACCAAGCUACGGCGGCACGUUGAAGCUACCAGCCUCAGGAAGCGGGCCAUAUGGUGCUGCAUACGGAUCAACGAUGAAACUUCCAGCAUCUGUUAACACUGGUUACCCAUACGGACCUAACUACGGUAGCACGUUGAAGCUACCGGCUUCGGGAAGCGGGCCAUAUGGACCUGGAUACGGACAAACGAUGAAACUUCCGGCAUCAGGGAACAUUGGUUACGGAUAUAGGCCUAGCUACGGGAGCACGUUGAAACUACCGGCUUCAGGAAGCGGGCCAUAUGGUGCUGCAUACGGACCAACGGCAAAAUAUCCGGCAUCCGGGAGCACUGGCUACGGAUACGGACCUAGCUACGGCAGCCCGUUGAAGCGACCAGCCUCAGGAAGCGGGCCAUAUGGUGCUGCAUACGGACCAACGAUGAAACUUCCGGCAUCUGUUAACACUGGUUACGCAUACGGACCUAACUACGGUAGCACGUUGAAGCUACCGGCUUCGGGAAGCGUGCCAUAUGGACCUGGAUACAGACAAACGAUGAAACUUCCGGCUUCAGGGAACAUUGGUUACGGAUAUAGGCCUAGCUACGGGAGCAAGUUGAAGCUACCGGCUUCAGGAAGCGGGCCACAUGGUGCUGUAUACGGACCAACGGCAAAAUAUCCGGCAUCCGGGAACACUGGCUACGGAUACGGACCUAGCUACGGCAGCACGUUGAAGCUACCGGCUUCGGGAAGCGGGCCAUAUGGACCUCGAUACGGACAAACGAUGAAACUUCCGGCAUCUGUUAACACUGGUUACCCAUACGGACCUAACUACGGUAGCACAUUGAAGCUACCGGCUUCGGGAAGCGGGCAAUAUGGACCUGGAUACGGACAAACGAUGAAACUUCCGGCAUCAGGGGACACAGGUUACGGAUAUAGGCCUAGCUACGGGAGCACGUUGAAGCUACCGGCUUCGGGAAGCGGACAAUAUGGACCUGGAUACGGACAAACGAUGAAACUUCCGGCAUCUGUUAACACUGGUUACCCAUACGGACCUAACUACGGUAGCACGUUGAAGCUACCGGCUUCGGGAAGCGGGCCACAUGCACCUGCAUACGGACAAACGAUGAAACUUCCAGCAUCAGGGAACAUUGGUUACGGAUAUAGGCCUAGCUACGGGAGCACGUUGAAACUACCGGCUUCAGGAAGCGGGCCAUAUGGACCUGGAUACGGACAAACGAUGAAACUUCCGGCGUCAGGGAACAUUGGUUAUGGAUAUAGGCCUAGCUACGGCAGCACGUUGAAGCUACCCGCCUCAGGAAGCGGGCCAUAUGGUGCUGCAUACGGACCAACGAUGAAACUUCCGGCAUCUGGUGACACUGGUUACGGAUACGGGCCUAACUACGAUAGCACGUUGAAGCUACCGGCUUCGGGAAGCGGAUCAUAUGGACCUGGAUACGGACAAACGAUGAAACUUCCGGCAUCAGGGAACAUCGGUUACGGAUAUAGGCCUAGCUACGGGAGCACUUUGAAGCUACCGGCUUCGGGAAGCGGGCCAUAUGGACCUGGAUACGGACAAACGAUGAAACUUCCGGCAUCAGGGAACAUUGGUUACGGAUAUAGGCCUAGCUACGGUAGCACGUUGAAGCUACCGGCUUCGGGAAGCGGGCCACAUGGACCUGCAUACGGACAAACGAUGAAACUUCCAGCAUCAGGGAACAUUGGUUACGGAUAUAGGCCUAGCUACGAGAGCACGUUGAAACUACCGGCUUCAGGAAGCGGGCCAUAUGGACCUGGAUACGGACAAACGAUGAAACUUCCGGCGUCAGGGAACAUUGGUUAUGGAUAUAGGCCUAGCUACGGCAGCACGUUGAAGCUACCCGCCUCAGGAAGCGGGCCAUUUGGUGCUGCAUACGGACCAACGAUGAAACUUCCGGCAUCUGGUGACACUGGUUACGGAUACGGGCCUAACUACGGUAGCACGUUGAAGCUACCGGCUUCGGGAAGCGGAUCAUAUGGAGCUGGAUAUGGACAAACGAUGAAACUUCCGGCAUCCGGGAACCUUGGUUACGGAUUUGGCUACGGCAGCACGUUGAAGCUACCAGCUUCAGGAAGCAGGCCAUACGGAGCUACAUAUGGACAAGCAAUGAAACUUCCGGCAAAUGGGAACACUGGUUACGGUUAUGGGCCUAGCUAUGGCAGCACGUUGAAACUGCCGGCCUCAGGAAGCAGGCCACAGGGAGCUGGAUACGGACCAACGGUAAAAUAUCCGGCACCCGGGAGCACUGGUUACGGAUACGGACCUACCUACGGCAGCACGUUGAAGCUACCAGCAUCAGGAAACGGACCAUAUAGAGCUGGAUACGGAGAAACAAUGAAACUUCCGGCAAGUAACGAUUACGGAUAUGGGUCUAGUCAUGGAAGCACGUUGAAGCUUCCGGCCUCAGGAAGCAGGCCACAUGGAGCUGGAUACGGUGCAACUAUGAAACUUCCGGCAAGUCACAACCCCAGUUACGGCCAAACAUUCAAGCUCCCAGGCUCUGGAGGUGGAAGUUACGGUAUCGGUCACAGUCAAACAUGGCAAUUUCCAGCUUCCGGUAAUAGCGUAAAAGGUUACGUGCAAACACUGAAGUUCCCAGCCUCUGGAGGCGGCAGUUAUGACAUCGCUCAAGGUCCAACAUGGCAGUUUCCAGCUUCUGGUAGUGGUGUAAAAGGUUACGUGCAAACGAUGAAGCUCCCAGCCUCUGGAGGCGGCAGUUAUGGUAUCGGUUACAGUCAUACAUUGCAGUUUCCGGCUUCUAGUAGCGGAGUUAAAGGUGCUAGUAACCAACAAACACUGAAGCUGCCAGCGUCUCAAAUCACUGGUUACGGAAGUGCGCACGGCAAUACACUGAAGAUAUCAGCCUCCGGAAGUGGUGGCUAUGGAAUAACCCAUGGUCAAACCUUGACGCUUCCAGCCUCAGGUUCUUCACUAUACAGCUCCGGGUACGGGCAGACGAUGAAGCUACUAAACUUUGGGGCUUUUGGUCAUGGAAGUGGCUAUGACUAUAGACAAACGUUGAAGCUACCGGCAUCUGGAACGGCGCAGAACUACGCCGGUUACGGACAGUCACUGGUGAUCCCAGCUUCUGACGGUGCAUUUAAUGGAAUCGGUCCCCAAAGAACAGUGAAACUUCCUGCUUCAGGAGGUUUUCCUUUAUACGGAGGAAGCUACGGACAAACACUUAAGUUACCAGCUUCCGGAGCUGUCGGCCAUGCGAACAGCUACGGCCAGACGCUGCAGCUGCCGUCUUUAAGUGGUGCUGCGUACACUCCCACUUUCGGACAGACACUGACGCUCCCUGCGUCUGGAAGUGCCAGUAACGAGUUUGGUUAUGGACAGACGUUACAGGUACCGACAACGUCCGGUGUGCUUGACCAGCACGGACAAAGUUUAACUAUUCCGCUGUCGGUUGGCAUGUCAACUACAUACAAGAAGGAGGUGCCACUGAACUAUUAGUGCUGCUUUCUUGGAGGAACUAGCGCUUUUGAAAGAGUGAGAUAAUUCGGUGAAAUGCCUUAUCCAGCCAUUUAGUAAAGCCAUAUUAGUUGAAUCUGUGGCACAAGUGAGCAAUAAUGGCGCGCUCAUAGAUCGACAGGCAGUCCCAAGUUUUCUAGAGAACUCGUAACAAUAUCUGGAUGUGAAUUAGUGCGGCUUCGAACUGCACACAGCAUAACGCACGCGUGCAAAGUUAAUGUCAGAAAUGACCAUACCGUAUACAUCAUGUUCUUGCCAUGCAGGUUAUUGUGCAUAAAUGGAAUUCUUUAUCAUGA